GAGUUGGGCUCCCCUGUUCCAGACUUGUGCAGAGUGGGUGGAGAGGUUGGGCUUUUCAGUGGAAGCAGCAUCCCAGCUGUCUGGGACCUGGCGGAGGGCGUCUCCACUCUGGGGGAAGCAAAGGACCCGCCCUGACCUAGCCUGGCCCAGCCUGGUCCUGCCCGGCCUGAGCGCCCCGCCCAGGAGCUGACUCUGAGGCAGGGGCCACUGGGGUUACAGAGCGUGGCCGCCAUGGACAAGAUCUUGGAGGCGGUGGUGACGUCAUCAUACCCCGCGAGCGUAAAGCAAGGGCUGGUGCGGCGUGUGCUGGAGGCGGCGCGGCAGCCACUGGAGCGGGAGCAGUGCCUGGCGCUGCUGGCGCUGGGCACGCGCCUCUACGUGAGCGGCGCCGACGAGCUGCCCCGCCGCGUGGGCUGCCAGCUGCUGCACGUGGCCGGCCGCCACCACCCAGAAGUCUUCGCCGAAUUUUUCAGCGCGCGCCGCGUGCUGCGCCUGCUGCAGGGUGGCGCCGGGCCGCCGGGAGCCCGCGCACUGGCCUGUGUGCAGCUCGGCCUGCAGCUGUUGCCCGAGGGGCCCUCGGCCGAUGAGGUGUUCGCGCUGCUGCGGCGCGAGGUGCUGCGCACCGUGUGUGAGCGCCCGGGGCCCGCGGCCUGUGCGCAGGUGGCGCGGCUGCUGGCGCGGCACCCGCGCUGCGUCCCUGACGGCCCUCACCGCCUGCUCUUCUGCCAGCAGCUUGUGCGCUGCCUCGGCCGCUUCCGCUGCCCGGCCGACGGCGAGGAGGGCGCCGUGGAGUUCCUGGAGCAGGCCCAGCAGGUGAGCGGGCUCCUGGCGCAGCUGUGGCGCGCGCAGCCUGCCGCCAUACUGCCCUGCCUCAAGGAGCUGUUCGCCGUCAUCUCCUGCACAGAGGAGGAGCCGCCAUCUAGCGCCCUGGCCAGUGUGGUCCAGCACCUCCCAUUGGAGCUCAUGGAUGGUGUCGUCCGGAACCUCAGCAAUGAUGACAGUGUGACCGACUCCCAGAUGCUGACUGCCAUCAGCAGGAUGAUCGACUGGGUGUCCUGGCCCCUGGGGAAGAACAUUGACAAGUGGAUCAUUGCACUGCUGAAGGGCCUGGCUGCUGUUAAGAAGUUCAGCAUCUUGAUCGAGGUGUCACUCGCCAAAAUUGAGAAGGUUUUCUCCAAACUUCUGUAUCCCAUUGUCCGGGGAGCCGCCUUGUCUGUCCUCAAGUACAUGCUCCUGACCUUCCAGCACUCCCAUGAGGCCUUCCACCUGCUCCUCCCUCACAUCCCCCCAAUGGUGGCCUCUCUGAUCAAGGAGGACUCCAAUUCGGGGACCAGCUGCCUGGAGCAGCUGGCGGAGCUGGUCCACUGCAUGGUGUUCAGGUUCCCGGGCUUCCCGGAUCUGUACGAACCCGUCAUGGAGGCCAUCAAGGACCUCCAUGUUCCCAAUGAGGACCGAAUCAAGCAGCUGCUGGGGCAGGAUGCCUGGACCUCGCAGAAGAGUGAGCUGGCUGGCUUCUACCCCCGGCUCAUGGCCAAGUCAGACACCGGCAAGAUUGGUUUAAUCAAUCUGGGCAACACGUGCUAUGUGAACAGCAUCCUUCAGGCCUUGUUCAUGGCUUCCGAUUUCAGACACUGUGUGCUCCGUUUGACUGAGAACAACUCCCAGCCCUUGAUGACCAAGCUGCAGUGGCUCUUCGCCUUCCUGGAGCACAGCCAGCGGCCUGCCAUUUCUCCAGAGAACUUUCUGUCUGCAUCCUGGACACCCUGGUUCAGCCCUGGCACCCAGCAGGACUGCUCAGAGUACCUGAAGUACCUGCUGGAUCGGCUGCACGAAGAGGAGAAAACUGGGACGAGGAUCUGCCAAAAGCUCAAGCAGUCCAGCCUGCCCUCCCCACCCGAGGAGCCCCCUAGCCCGAGUUCAACCUCUGUGGAGAAGAUGUUCGGAGGCAAGAUCGUGACUCGGAUAUGCUGUCUCCGCUGCCUUAACAUCUCCACCAGGGAGGAGGCCUUCACGGACCUCUCUCUCGCCUUUCCCCCGCCUGAGCGCUACCGCCGCCGCCGCCUGGGCUCAGUGAUGCUCCCUGCAGAGGACGUCGGCGCCCAGGACCUCCCUUCGCCAUCGCGAGCCCAGGCGCCAAGCAGGGCGGCUCCUCGGAGGCAGAGGAAACACUGCAUCACAGGGGACGUUCCCCCCACCGUCCUGAACAUUGAAGGCCUGGGCCCCCAGGGCCCUGGGGGGCAGAGCAGUCAGGAGGAGGAGGCAAAGGAGGAGGAAGAGGAGGAGAAGGAGGAGGAGGAGAAGGCCGAGAAGGAGGAGGAGAAAGUGGAGAAGGAGGCCGAGAAGGAGAAGGAGGAGGACGGCCUGGGCCCAGGGACCCUCAGAAAUGCUUCCGCCCCCUCUGGGGAGGGUUCCCGCUCGGUCCUGGACCUGGUCAACUACUUCCUGUCGCCCGAGAGGCUGACGGCAGAGAACCGCUACCACUGCGAGUCGUGUGCCUCCCUGCAGGACGCCGAGAAGGUGGUGGAGCUGAGCCAGGGGCCGCGCUACCUCAUCCUGACCCUGCUGCGCUUCUCCUUCGACCUGCGCACCAUGCGGCGCCGCAAGAUCCUGGACGACGUCACCAUCCCCCUGCUCCUGCGGCUGCCGCUGGCCGGGGGCCGGGGCCAGGCCUACGACCUCUGCAGCGUCGUGGUGCACUCCGGGGUGUCCUCGGAGAGCGGCCACUACUACUGCUACGCUCGCGAGGGUGCGGCCCGCCCAGCCCCGAUCCCGGGAGCGGCCGACAGGCCUGAGCCCAACAACCAGUGGUACCUGUUCAACGACACCCGGGUGUCCUUCUCCUCCUUUGAGUCUGUCAGCAACGUCACCUCCUUCUUCCCCAAGGACACCGCCUAUGUGCUCUUUUAUCGGCAGCGGCCCCGGGAGGGGCUCGAGGCUGAGCCCAGCUCUCCCCGAGCCCGGGCAGAGCCCACCCUCCACAAAGACCUGAUGGAAGCCAUUUCCAAAGACAACAUCCUUUUCCUGCAGGAGCAGGAGAAGGAAGCGCGGAGCAGGGCGGCCUACAUCUCUGCACUCCCCACAUCUCCACACUGGGGGAGGGGCUUUGACGAAGACAAAGAUGAGGAUGAAGGCCCUCCGGGGGGCUGCAGCCCUGCAGGUGGCAGCAGUGGUGACUUCCACCGACUGGUCUUCUAAUGGGAACCCUCAUCCCCUGGCCUGCUAGGCACUUGUGAGGGUGCCACGGGCAACCUCAGUGGGGGGCCCAGGUCCCGGGCAGAGGUGCUCGGCCAGGUGGGGUCUGAGGGAGGCUGCGCAGGUCCAGUCCUGAAGGCAGGCCCUUCUGAGGGCGAGAGAGAUGGAGCGGGGGCUUCUGGGCCCCUGCCCUCAGCCUGAAGGGCCCACGGAGACUCACUCAGCUAGAUAACAGAGGUGAGACCCAAGCCCCUUAAACCGGGCCUCAGGCCCCGACACUGGGAUCAGCCCCGUUAAGACUUACUUACACCCAAGUGUCCUGGUCAGCUUGAAGCAGCUGAGAUGGACACUCCCUGGGCCUUGUCCCCUCCCCCCUGCAGGCUACCCCACAGGGCUGAACGUCACAGCGCUGGUGUUUUGCCAUCAAGUAGCAGUUCCUUUCAGACAAUCUGGUUUCGCUGUAGUAUACAAAGCAGAGGCGGAUCCAAGCCCUAGCACAAAGAAGGCGGCUGUGUGUCACCCCGCUGGCCGCCUUCUGGUUUCUCUGAGGGGCCUGAGGCAACGUCUGUGGGUGCCUACACUGUUUGUUUGUACUUCUUUUGAGAGGCGUGUAGGUGGGAAGCAGCCUGGCACAGGACCAGAGACUGUCCUCCCGACACCAGGCAACAAUGCACAGAGGGGAGGAUAGCCUCUUCUUAAGCCUCUCUCCUGCCUCAGUGCCUGAGAUGCCACCCUUCGCAUCCCCCUUCUGGUUAAGAGAGAGCGAGUCCUUAGUUUCCUGCAAGUGUGUGUGUUUGUGUUUCUCACGAUGCCCGUCCUGAGGGAAGCUGGCUGGCUCAGCACCUCAGCAGUUGGCCAUCAUC